CCUCUUGUGAAAUGUCCAUUGGAAUUUUUGACAGCCGUCAAACCGACGAUGUGUAAGACGUAAUAAAGCCGUGAUCUGUACCGAAAAAGAUUCUCCUGCAAAUACCAAAACAACGGGCUCACGAUUUUUUCACUUCCUGUUGCGCCGGAAUACUAUGGCCAUAACUCUGUACCUGCGAGAAGAGUUUUUGAAAAUUGGGAUUUUUAUAGAGGACGACUACUUCUCGCCGAUUGUUAUCCGCUACUCCGACCGUGAACUAGGCAUCGGUUGUCAAAAUCCUCUCGCCCUCCAGGACAUUCGCUAGAGCGCAACAGUUGCCCGGGGCAAUGGAUUCUCCAGGGGACACCGGCAAGGAGGACGACGACGAGAGUUCCUCGUCGUCAAACGCCUCACAACAUGUUCGGUCUGAAUUGGAUCAGUUCCGAGAAAAAUGGCAACAGGAGUUGAAAAAAGAUAACGUUGCUGGCACUGGAAGCGACGGACACUCUAGGGACAAAUGCGGCGUGGUAAUUUCCAACAAAGAGAAUCUUUCCAUUGAGCAACAGGCGAAAUUGUUAUUUUUGCAAGGCUCCGAGUUGGAACAUGUUGGAAAAGUGUUCGAAGCCAUGCGUUUGUACCGAAAGGCAGUGCAGCUCGUACCUGACAUUGAAUUCAAAGUUUACGACAAACCCAAUGUUGCGAAACAAGUCACGAUUGACAAUGAUCUGAACAAGAAAGUAGAUAAGCUUUCAGUCAUUGAAGCUAGCUUGAACGAGGAGGAGGUUUCAGGUGAAGCUGACCUCGAGCUACGGUUUCAGAUGGUGUUGGCAAAGUCGGGAAAGUUGUUCGAAAGUGCAUCGGCUGGUGAAAAGAUGCUCAUUGUAACGUCAGCUCACUUUUCGGAUCUUCCAAUGGAAGUGAUUUUGUACAUCCUUCGUUGGGUUGUUUCCGGUGAGUUGGAUCUGAAGUCGAUGGAGAGAUUCGCGCGGGUUUGUCGUGGAUUUUACUUGCUGGCCAGGGAUCCUGAGAUAUGGAAGAGAGCGUGUAUAAGAGUUUGGGGCGUUAAUGUGGGAACCCUCAAAGGAUCACCUUUUCCGAGCUGGCGCGAAAUGUAUAUCAACCGUCCAAGGGUACAUUUCCAUGGAUGCUACAUUAGCCGUACCAGCUACAUGCGUUACGGUGAGAAUAGUUUCCAGGACCAGUUUUAUCGUCCGGUACAACUGGUGGAAUAUUAUCGAUAUUUCCGCUUCUUCGCGGAUGGAACGGUAUUGAUGCUCACCAGCGCAGAAGAACCACAGAAUGGUGUGGCCAAGUUGAAACACCGCACACCGACUCAUAACGAGAUUUUGAAGGGUCAUUACAGAAUUCAUGAUGAUGAGGUAAUAAUCGCGGUACAAAGAAGCCGAUCCAACGUACAAAAUCAGAGACCUGGUCGUAAAAAGGAGAUAGAGGCUGAACUCGACCUGCAAACAUUCUACUUGGAAUUGGGUAUUGUCAGCACGGCUAAAAGAGCUUUCUCCCAGCUUCAAUGGAAACAGUAUUCGAUGAUUCAGUUCAGCAACAAACAGGAAAGAACAACUGUCUUCGAAUUGACCCCCAACAAAUACCCAACGCUCUAUUUUUCGCGGGUCAAGAGCUACCACCAAGAAUCGGAGGGGCCAUUAAUCUAGGUCGAUGUCAAAAGUCUGUAUGUCCGAAAUGGAAUUGACGAACGAGUCAUUUUAUUUCUCUCUUAUACUAUCAAUAUUGUAUGUUCAGCCUAAAUUGCAACAUAUAUAUAAAUACAGUUAUCUGAAACAAAA